AGCAAACAAAAAUGGCCUCAAGGCAAAGCAGUACCACACACAGCCCACUUCCCAGCAUGACAGAAGAAGAAAUGGAGCUCUUCUCUGCCCUGCUUUUAGCACCAAGCCGCAUUACUGGAGUGACAGUCAUUGAGCAGCCAGGGAAGAUAGCGCUGGUGAGACAAAGAAAUACGACUGAACCAAAAAAAGAUGGAGAGGAUUGGUGGAACGUUCAGCCCAAGUAUUCGGCUAAAGUUCUCAUUGGAAACUGGCUGGAAGAGAGAAAAAGGUUUAUAAAACCCUGUGGGAAACUUGGCUGCAGCGUGUACAGCACAGACUUCACUCACUUCCCAGAUCACAAACCAGAGCGAACACUAAGAACAACCAUGAUGAAGAAAUACGAGGGCCUGCCAGCACAGCACUUCUUCACACACCACGAGGAGCCGAGGAGCCGGCAUUUAGUGUCAGAGUAUGAGGAUAACUACAACAGACAUGGUUAUGUUCCCUUCCUGCCUCCCCUCCGCAGCUGGAACGGACGCAAGUUUGCAUGGGUUCCUCAGAAAUCAGAAUUCCCCAUUCUUGAACCACCCACCAACUACGGACUUCUCGAGCACCUGAAGAGAAAAUGGCACAGGAAAGAAGCUGGAGUGAUGAGCAGCACCUACACCAUUUCCUAUGAAAAGCCACCAACGUCAGCUUUUGCUCCGUGCCAGUUCAGACGUGCAGCUAAACCUCACGGCCUCUCCUCCAAGAGGGGACAGCUUCCCCGUGUUAGCAGAAUCCUGGACUAUGAAGGGGGUCAGAGAUACCUGCAAGCCCUCAGCCAACUAGUGAGAGACAGAAAGGCAAGAGCUGCCUCCAUGUAA